AUGAGCUCAAAAAAGUUUUUAGUCUUUGGACUAUUGUUCGCGCACGUCUUCGCCACGGGAUGCCGCGGGCAGGCAGUGCCGACGGACGAGGCCCCCGAGGCGGACUCGGGUCUCCUGUCUGUCGUCUCAAAUUUCGGAGAGGAGUUACGCCGUUAUCUGGAGUCCACAGUCGGAACCAAUGUGAUAGAGACAAGCUUUGAGAAUGCAAUAGAAUACCUUGAGUCAGUCUUUGGUCCAGAGAACAUCUAUACAAUUGCUAUGUUUGUCGAAAUGUUACUGAGGUUUGUGGCCGAGGGGGCUGCCAGUGGACUCAAUGUCAUUGCUGCAUAUGUCUCUGAGAUUCUUAGAGCCACAGGAGUGGAUGCCAAACUACCCUUCCCGCAUUUCACCCCAGAGGGCGUGUCUUGGGUAGCCAAGUGGGCUUUGCUGGCUCUGAUCGGUUACUGGUUGCUGUCAAUAGUGCUGCGCGUUGCUGUGGCAUUGCUACGGAGAGUGUUCUGGCUCUUAAAGGGUGCCGUGGCGUUGUGGCUCUUCAUGCGGAUUGUCAGUGACCCGUCCACCUCCACGGAUACCACGGCAGCACGGCUGGCAUUGUUGGUGAUUGGCUACGCUGUGUUGAGCGUCGUCACGGCCAGCACAGGCGGAAAGGAGUCGGCCUGUCUGGAGAACCGGCUAAGCAGCCUGGAAGGGCGGAUCAAACUGAUGGAGAAGAAGAGAGACUAA